GGGAACUCCGGGGUGACGUCACGAGACGCCGGCUGCCUCCCGGGCCGGGCGGGCCGCCCUCCGGCCAGCCUUCCGGAGGUUCCGGCCGUCCCCUCCGUGGGUUCGGCCGCCUGGAAGAGGAGGGGACGCGGCGAGAGGUGGGCAGUAGCGAGCGGCGGGGCCUUCCCGGCCCGGAGGACAUCGCUCGCUCUCUUCUUUGAGCUCCUCUGCAGGGAGGCUCGGAGGCUGUGAGUGAAGGGACGGACUCUCCUCCUUCCUACCCUGCGUGCUGGGUCGGAGCAGCUACUUCCGGUCGGACGCGGCGCUCUCGCAGAGGCUCGGGUGGCCGGGACGCGCGAGGCACUCGCCGAGGUAUUUCAACACUCCAAAGACAACGUCACACCUAUGUAAGAACACAAGAAAGGUCAGGGAGACAUCAGCAAAUACAAGUGUGAAGCCUGGUAAGCAAGAUGAGCAUUUCAGGAAGCAGCUGUGGAAGCCCUAAUUCUGCAGAUGUAUCCAGUGACUUCAAGGAACUCUGGACAAAGCUAAAAGAGUAUCAUGAUAAGGAAGUACAAGGUUUACAAGUCAAAGUAACCAAACUGAAAAAGGAACGAAUUUUAGAUGCACAGAGACUAGAAGAAUUCUUCACCAAAAAUCAACAGCUGAGAGACCAGCAGAAAGUCCUACAGGAAACCAUUAAAAUUUUAGAAGAUAGGUUAAGAGCAGGAUUGUGUGAUCGCUGUGCAGUAACUGAAGAGCAUAUGCACAAAAAGCAGCAGGAGUUUGAAAAUAUCCGACAGCAGAAUCUUAAGCUUAUUACAGAGCUGAUGAAUGAGAAGAAUACUCUUCAAGAAGAAAACAAAAAGCUUUCUGAACAACUGCAGCAGAAAAUGGAAAAUGGUCAACAGGAUCAAGUAGCUGAGCUUGCAUGUGAGGAAAACGUUAUUCCAGACUCACCAGUAGCAUCUUUUUCCUUUUCUGGCAUUAACCGGCUACGAAGAAAGGAGAAUCUCCAUGUCCGAUACGUAGAACAAACACAUGCUAAAUUGGAGCGCUCCGUAUGUACCAAUGAAUUAAGAAAAAUAUCUAAGGGUUCAGCUCCUGCACCAGUUAACUCUGAGGAACAUGAAAUUCUAGUAGCUGACACUUGUGAUCAAAAUCACUCACCACUGUCUAAAAUAUGUGAAACAAGCCGUUACCCCAUUGAUAAGACAUCUUUUAAUUUAGACACUGUUGUUGCUGAGACACUUGGACUUAAUGAUCAAGAAGAAUCUGAACCCCAAGGUCCUAUGAGCCCUCUUGGAAAUGAGCUCUACCACUGUCUCAAAGAAGAUCACAAAAAACACCCUUUUAUGGAAUCUGCAAGAAGUAACGAAGAUAGCUUAAGAUUUUCAGACUCUGCUUCAAAGACACCUCCCCAAGAAUUUACUACUCGGGUAUCAUCUCCAGUAUUUGGAGCUGCCUCUACCGUGAAAACUCAUUUGGGUUUGAAUACAACUUUCUCCCCCUCUCUCUUAGACAUUGGGAAAAAAACCCUUCUGAAGACAACUCCCUUUAGCAACAUUGCUGUUUCUAGAUCAGAGAAAAUUAGAUCCAAAUCUGAGGAUAAUGCCCUUUUCACACAACAUAGUGUUGGGUCUGAAGUAAAGGUCAUUAGCCAGUCAUUUUCUAGCAAACAGAUACUUACAAGUAAAAAUAUAAGUGACUCUGUAGAUGAACAGUGUAGUGCUGAUCACAUGAAUAUUACUGUUACUGAUAAAUAUUUGGUGCCUUUGAAAUCACUGGGAGGCAAAGCAUCCAAAAGGAAGAGGACUGAGGAAGAAAGUGAGCAUGCAGUAAACUGCCCCCAGACCUGUUUUGAUAAGGAAAAUACCCUUCCUUUCCCAAUGGAGAAUCAAUUCUCCAUGAAUGGAGACCAUGUGAUGGAUAAACCUCUGGACCUGUCAGAUCGGUUUGCAGCUACUCAGCGUCAAGAGAAGAACCACGGAAAUGAAACUUCUAAAAACAAACUUAAGCAAGCGACUAUUUACCAGGCUUUGAAGCCCAUUCCAAAGGGCUCCUCCUCAGGCCGUAAAGCCUUGAGUGGGGACUGCAUGCCAGCCAAAGACGCUUCAGAGACCUACUGUUUACAGCCACGUGUCCUCCAGUCCUCUACUAAAUUGUCUCCAGACCACAAAACACCAUUACAGAUAAAAGAAGAAAAUCCUGUCUUCAAAACACCUCCACAGUCACAGGAAAGUUUGGAGACAGAGAAUCUUUUUGGUGACGUGAAGGGUACUGGUUCUCUUGUGCCAACAAAAGUAAAGAGCAGAUCAGUCCAUGGAGGAUGUGAGCUUGCAUCAGUUCUUCAGUUAAAUCCCUGCAGAGUGGCUAAAACAAAGGCCCUGCCAAGCAACCAAGAUGUGUCCUUUGAAAAUAUCCAGUGGAGUGUAGACCCAGGAGCAGACCUUUCUCAGUAUAAAAUGGAUGUUACUGUAAUAGAUACAAAGGAUAGCAGUCACUCACGAUUAGGAGGAGAAACAGUGGACAUGGACUGUACAUUGGUCAGUGAAACCGUGCUUUUAAAAAUGAAGAAACAAGAGCAAAAGGAAAAAAGUCCAAAUGGAGACAUAAAAAUGAAUGAUAGCUUGGAAGAUAUGUUUGAUCGGACAACACAUGAAGAAUAUGAAUCCUGUUUGGCAGACAGCUUCUCCCACGUACCAGAUGAGGAAGAGCUGUCUGACACCACAAAGAAACCAAACAUACAUGGUGAUAAACAAGAUGGAAUCAAACAGAAAGCAUUUGUGGAACCAUAUUUUAAAGAUAAGGAGAGAGAAACUAGCAUACAGAAUUUUCCUCAUAUUGAGGUCGUUCGGAAAAAAGAAGAGAGAAGGAAAUUGCUUGGACACACAUGUAAAGAAUGUGAAAUUUAUUAUGCAGACUUGCCAGCAGAAGAAAGAGAAAAGAAGUUGGCUUCCUGCUCAAGACACCGAUUUCGCUACAUUCCACCCAACACACCGGAGAAUUUCUGGGAAGUUGGUUUUCCUUCUACUCAGACGUGUCUGGAAAGAGGUUAUAUCAAGGAAGAUCUCGAUCUUAGUCCUCGUCCCAAAAGACGGCAGCCUUACAACGCAGUAUUUUCUCCAAAGGGCAAAGAACAGAGGACCUAGACACUGGAGUGAAAAUAGGAGAGCAGAUCUUUUUGUGUUUCAUUUAGUUAUUUAUAGUUAAAGUUGGAAUAAACAUUGAUCUUUGAUUUUUUUUUGAUCUUCUAUAAAAUGAUUUAUAAAUGAGUUUUCUAUUAAAAAUGUUUUAAAUGGCAUAUGCCAACCAUACAAAUAACUAAAAUGUGGAUGUUUUUUUUUUUUUCUUUUGCACCUUUAUGCAAUAGGGUAUUUCAUUUUGCACUCUACAUUUAGGGUUAUUUACCUUAUUUGGUAAUUACAGCUUUUGAAAU